AGGGCGUUUGGCAGCGUGCGCGAAAGAAGCUAUCUCCCGCUAAAGGCGCUCAGAUCCCAAGGUACAAGGCAGCCAGCGCGUGGGGCCAUGCGUAUACAACCAGAAUCCUUGCACUUCUGUCAGACAAAUACCGGCCACUUGUAACAGCUAUAUACGCAGUCGUAUGCGGAAUCCUAGUCUAUGUGAUGUUUGCGGCCAACAACUACCUGGCUGACACCGAAUUGGGACCCCCACAGUCACUGUCUUGCGACAGCUACGAAUGGGGCAGUGCACGCUCAUGUGGCGUGGCGGGUGUGAACUGUGAGCCGUUUCUCAGUGACACCUUCACGCCGUACAGAUGUCCACCGUGGUGCGGUGGGAAGACUGGGGCCUGGUAUGUUGUGGGCAAUAACCCCUUCUACCGCGCCGACAGUCGCAUAUGCUUAGCAGCCGUGCAUUCGGGAGUUAUAUCAAAUGCUAGGGGAGGCUGUGUUCGAUACCGACAGACUGGACCCAGUGCAACAUACAAUUCAUCCUGU